AUGGCCUCCAAAACCAAUCUAGUGGUUGACAUCACUCAUCAUGGUGAACCCAGUACAAACUACCAGCACCCUGGAAUUGAAAUGGAACCUAUCUACAGUAACUGUGGUACGGCAGAGGACAAAAAUGAUGGUCAUUCAGGAUCGGAUGAAAAUGAUGAUACCAACCAAUAUGGCGAAUGCAGUGGUACAUCUGGUUACCAACAGCCCAGAAAAAUAUCUGGACAUGCCUACAGUCAACCCAAUCCACCUGUAGUUUCAAAAGAACGUUCACGAAUUGCCAACCAAGUCAAUCAACACAGUGAAACCAGUACACCAUCGGAUUACCAACAUCCCACACCAAACCUUGAACAUACUUGCAACGAGUAUGGAGUGGAUUACCAACAACCAAAGUUCACACCAUCAAAACCACCCCGAAAUCCUAAGUCUUCACCACCACCAUCAGAACGGUAUAAAACACCACCAAUCAAAAAAUGGAAAGCACCAACAAACUACCAAACACCAUCACAACAUGCGCUACAAACAAAAUAUCUUGUACCACCAACUCCGAAGUCGGCACCACCAUCACCAGAACUGGCACCAUCAUCACCACCACUGGAUACAGAUAUUACAUUUUUAGAAGGUGGUGAGCAGAAUCGGGAAGACGAAACGGCUUCAUCCAUUACCAAACCAUCGUCAGGACAAAAUCUACCAACAGCAGUAAAAUUUCAACUACCAUCACCAAACUCGGGUAUUAAUGAAAAGUCGAAUCGUGAAGCAGACUACGAGGUACCAGAAAUAGAUGCGGAAUUCCUAGAAAAUGAAGGAUUCAAUCGACCACAACCGACACCAAGUUUGAGUCAUGUUGAUUCAGAUCGUGAAGCAGGCUACCAGGUACCAGAAAUAGAUGCGGAAUUCCUAGAAAAUGAAGGAUUCAAUCCACCACAACUAUCACCAAGUUCGCGUAAUGUAGAGGUAAAUCGUGAAUCGGGCUACCUAGACAUGACAAGUGGAGACAAGUCGUUAAUUCCACCAUCGACUAUUCCACCAUCGACUAUUCCACCAUCGAGUUCAUCACCACCAGCGCUGCCUUCAAGAACACCAUCACAGAAAGCACCAUCUACCAGUUUAGUGCCGACAGCUCUACCAUCAAAAACACCACAAAAUUCACCAUUUGCCAGACCGACGAAGGCUUCUACUAAUUCAGAACCACCGGCACUGCCAUCGAAUAGACGAUCACAAAAAUCAGCAUCUGUUAGACCAUUGAUGGCUGCCACCAGUUCACCACCCCCAACUCUACCAGUAAAAUUAUCAUCAGUAAAAUCGCCAAAGAUGGUAAGAUCAAAAUCACUAAUAUCACCUCAAUUGCCACCAAAAGCACGACCACCACUACCAGCAAAAACAAAACCAGGUUCAUCACCAUCACCAGCAUUUUAUGCAGAAUUAAAUGAGCUGGACAGGCAAGAUGAUGCCACAAACUAUCAACCCUUAACUCCGACAACCGGCAAACGGUAA